AUUGGAUAUUAGGAAAAAUUUCUUCACCAAAAGGGUCAUCAAGCACUGGAAUAGGCAGCCCAGGGAAGGGGUUGACUCAGGAUCCAUGCAGGACUGCACACCCUUUUCCUUCCAGAGCUACCUAAGACCAGCACGCUUCCAUGGCCUACGCCUGACCCACACUCGGUAAAGGACACAACAUUUGCCAUUUUAACCCAGACCAACACUGCUGACUUGCUGCUCUGCAACACCCAGGACAGCAGGUCCACCAGACCAGCACACCAUGGAAAACCACACUGUGGACUUGGAUGAGUUGUCACUGACAACAGAAUUUGACUACGGCGACUCAGCACCUUGCAUGGGAACUGAGGAAAAGCACUUUGCAGCAAAACUGCUGCCACCGCUUUAUUCCUUGGUGGUGAUCUUUGGCCUCACCGGCAACAUGCUUGUUAUCCUUAUCCUGGUAAAAUACAAGAGAAUGAAGAGUAUGACUGACAUCUACCUCCUCAAUUUGGCAAUUUCUGAUUUGCUGUUUAUAUUUUCUCUCCCUUUUUGGGCCUAUUAUGCUGUUCAUGACUGGAUUUUUGGGGAGGCGCUGUGUAGAAUUCUCUCAGGUGUCUACCUCCUCGGCUUCUACAGCGGGAUCUUCUUCAUAAUCCUGUUGACCCUGGACAGGUAUCUGGCCAUAGUGCAUGCAGUGUUUGCUUUAAAAGCUAGGACAGUUACCUACGGCAUCCUCACCAGUGCUGUCACCUGGGCUGUGGCUAUUUUUGCCUCUGUUCCUGGGGUAGUAUUUCACAAAACUCAAAAGGAAAAUUCACGUUACACUUGCAGUGCUCACUAUCCACCAGAGCAGAGAAUUGUAUGGAAGCAAUUCCUGACCUUAAAAAUGAACAUCCUGGGACUUGUUAUUCCAAUGUUAAUUAUGAUCUGCAGCUACACACAGAUUAUAAAGACAUUACUGCAAUGUAGGAAUGAGAAGAAACAUAAAGCAGUCAGGCUUAUUUUUAUCAUCAUGAUUGUCUAUUUUUUUUUCUGGGCACCAUACAACAUUUGCAUUCUCUUGCGUGAUUUUCAAAGUACAUUUUCCAUCAGUACUUGUGAAGGCAAUGGUCAACUGCAUAAAGCAACCCAAGUGACAGAAACAAUCUCAAUGAUUCACUGUUGCAUCAACCCUGUAAUUUAUGCCUUUGUUGGAGAAAAAUUUAGGAAGUAUCUUCAUAGCUUUUUCCGAAAGCAGAUUGCAUUCCACUUCUCCAAAUACUGUCCUGUUUUCUAUGUUGACACAGCUGAACGGGCUAGCUCCACCUACACACAAUCUACUGGAGAACAAGAAGUUUCUGCUGCAUUGUAAAUUGUGUCUAGUGAAAAAGUGGAAUUGACUUUUGUGAAAUCAAGUCUGUGACUGAAGCCUUCAGAGUAUGUCCGGGAUAUUGGCUCCAAGGCA